AUGGAUAAAUAUAGCAGCAUUAUCAACAGUGAAAAGUUCUCGAAACUUUCAUUGAAUACUACCACUUAUUCCAAAUCUUUAAUCCAUUGGGAGAAUUUACUGAAUUAUCUAAUUGUUGUAGCCUCCCCAAUAAAUAAGACUAUAGAUAAAAAUACAUUACAAUUAAUAAGAUCAACUUAUGAAGCAAUGCUACUCAAUUUCCCAUACUUGGAAAAUUACCAUAUUGAUUUUGCAUUAUUUGAAUAUAAAUUGGGCCAUCUAUCUAGAUUCCAUAAAAUAUUUAAGAAUGCGUUACAUAUACAUAAUAAAAGAUCACUAGUACUUUGGGUAUCAUAUCUGAGAACUUGUAACGAAAUUGUUAUAGACCAAAAACAAUUAUUCAAAAAAUAUGAAGAUGCUGAACAAUAUAUUGGAUUACAUUAUCAUAGUGGCGUGUUUUGGGAAAUGUAUUUAGAACAAUUGAAACAACGUUGUCAAACUAAACAAAGAUAUUUCAUAGUUUUAAGAAAAGUACUCGAGAUUCCAUUACAUUCAUUUAGUACAUUUUAUGCCCUUUGGAUGAACUAUAUAGAUGAGAUUAAAGAUUUAUCAGAAUUAACGUUAUUUAUAAAUAAGGAUGAUUUAUCGAAAAAAUUAAAGAUUGAUAGAGACCAUUCUGGAAGAAGAGGUCCAUAUUUAAGGGAUGCUAAGAAAGCAAUCAAAAAAUUUACCAAAGAAUUAUAUAUGGUAAUACAACUUCAAGUUAUGGAAAGAUACAAUUUGUUCGAAUCAAAGUUAAGCACCCAAUAUUAUACAACUGCUGAAAAUCUUGUUUCUGAUAAUGAAAUACGAACUUGGUUAAAAUAUCUAGACUAUACAAUUGAAUUGGGUAUACCUGAACUCUGUUACAUAAACUUCCAGAGAGCCCUGAUAGCCCUAUCUAAUACGGAUAUCAUCUGGAUCAAAUACGCAUAUUGGCUGAUAGACAUAGUGGAAAAUACAACAAUGGCCAAAAUAAUAUUAAUGAGAGGAAUGGAACUAUCUCUUGAGAAGAUUAAGAUUAUACAUAUAUUAUGCACUUUGUUAAUUUCUCUUGAUGAAAUGCAUACACUGGACAACUUACUUCAAGGUCUGAAUCUAUUAUACGAAAACGAUAUCGAAAGUUGCAAAGACUUUAAACUCUUUUGGGAUUACAUACAAUUUCAAAUAUUUAUUGCAAAUUCAGCCGCAUUGAGUAGAUAUGAGCAAACUCCGUCCAAGGUAAUACCAGACUACCUACUAAAGAAGAUUCAGAAAAGAUUAAUAGCCAAUGGUAAAAGAGAUGACAAAAAUAGCAUGAUAACACAUCUAAUGUCUUUACAGUCUAAGAAGAACCUCAGCUUUAUAGAAAAAGAAAUCUUUAAAUACGUGGUGGAAAACUGCCAGGAUGAUUAUCUUAACGAGGGAUUGUUCUGGCAAAGUUAUUGUAAUCUAAUUUUAUUGGAUACUGACAGACCUCUAGAUCAAAGAAGGGACCAAAUUGUUAAAAAUAUAUGGCCUCAAAUACCCAGGAAUGAAGAAACAUUAGAUGUUGUUAAAGAGUUCGCCCGCAUUUACUUCCCACAAUAUAUAGAUCAACUUAACAUGUAA